GAUGGAAUUUUUGUAAGUUCUCCCUCAUAAAAGUCCACAAGCAUAUCAGGUUUUUGUCAUAGAUUUACUCUCCCUCAAACACACACACACACAGGCUUUUUCUUUUUUCUUUCUUCUCUUUCUCUAUUUUUUCUCAGAUAUGGAAGAUUCAGAGGAGGAUGAGCUUUUGAACCUUAGCCUUUCAGUUGCUGCUGAUAGGGAAAGGAAAAAGAAGGGAAAGGUAAUUAGGGAACACAAGAACGUUUCUAUGAGUAGUGCUACUACUACUACUACUAGGACAAACUCCUAUGAAAGCUACGAAGGGAAGAUCUUUAGGCUUCUCCAAAUGAGGGAGCAGAUGCUAAGACAAGACCAUAGGAGGAAAGGAGUGGUGGAAGAUGGAAAUGGCCUCCCUUUGAUCCAUUUGCUGCUCUCAACUGCCACUGCAGUUGAUGACAACAACUUGGAUUCAUCCCUAGAGAAUCUCACUGAUUUAUACCAAACAGUGUCCCUAACAGGUGACUCAGUUCAACGUGUUGUGGCACAUUUUGCUGAUGGUUUGGCUGCAAGGCUUCUCACAAGGAAAUCACCAUUCUAUGACAUGCUCAUAGGGGAACCAACAACCGAGGAAGAGUUCCUUGCAUUCACAGAUCUCUACAGGGUUUCACCUUACUUCCAAUUCGCUCAUUUCACUGCAAACCAAGCCAUCUUGGAGGCCUUUGAGAGAGAGGAAGAGAGGAACAACCGUGCUUUGCAUGUCAUCGACUUUGAUGUCUCCUAUGGCUUCCAAUGGCCUUCUCUCAUUCAAUCUCUCUCAGAGAAGGCAACAAGUGGCAACCGCAUAUCCCUCAGGAUAACCGGAUUUGGCAAGAGCCUCAAAGAACUUCAAGAAACUGAGUCUAGGUUGGUUAGUUUCUCAAAGGGUUUCGGAAGCCUUGUGUUUGAGUUCCAAGGGUUGCUGAGAGGCUCAAGGGUCAUCAACCUAAGGAAGAAAAAGAAUGAGACUGUUGCUGUCAACUUGGUUUCUUACUUGAACACUUUGAGUUGUUUCAUGAAGAUCUCUGACACGUUGGGAUUUGUUCAUUCCCUUAACCCCUCCAUUGUGGUGUUGGUGGAGCAAGAGGGUAGCAGGAGCACUCCUAGGAGCUUCUUGUCGAGGUUCACGGACUCCUUGCACUACUUUGCAGCCAUGUUUGAUUCUCUUGAUGAUUGUCUCCCUCUUGAGAGUGCUGAGAGGUUGAGAAUUGAGAAGAAGCUUUUGGGGAAAGAGAUCAAAAGCAUGCUGAACAAUGUUGACGUGGAUGGUGUGGAUUGUCCAAAGUAUGAGAGGAUGGAGACGUGGAAAGUGAGAAUGGAGAAUCAUGGGUUUGUUGGCACCAAAAUAAGCUCAAAGUCUAUGAUCCAAGCAAAACUUUUGCUGAAGAUGAGGACACAUUAUUGUCCUCUCCAGUUUGAGGAAGAGGGAGGUGGGGGUUUCAGGGUUUCUGAAAGAGAUGAAGGAAGGGCUAUCUCUUUAGGGUGGCAAAAUAGGUUUCUGCUUACUGUCUCAGCAUGGCAACCAGUAUGAGAGAUAGAUACAAUCUUCAAUCUUAAGUCCUAACCUUUUCGUCAUUUUGGUAAUAAUCUACUCUCAAAAUGAUGAUUUAGCUUUUAUUUUUGUGACUUUCUUUGAUUUAGCUGCCUAUCUUUUAUUUCUGUCUUGAAUUAUGAACAGCUUUCAGUAGUUGUAGAUUGUUCAAGUAAAUAUAUAUAUGAUGCAUAUAUCUAUUUUUAAGGAAUG